CCAACCACAUGUUUUAUUGAACUUGUGCGAAGAACAGAGAACGUUCUCUUGUCAGAAAUGAAAAAAUCUUAGAUGGAAGAAAAUUCUUAAUACACCUUCCUUCACCGCAUUUUUUAAGGAAUUGCGACCUAGGAGGUGGUGUAGUCGUAAUUAAGAAAGUAUUAGUAGUAACCCAUAGGCGAAAAUUAAAAAUUUCGACUGAAGAAAGCGUUUUUAUUUCGGAGACGAGCUAUCCAAGUAUCACAACUCGGACCCAUUCGUUGCGGAUGUAACAGCUGGGACGGCAUUGGUCAUUUGCAAUUUCAGCGUCAGAAACUAAAACAAGGGCAAUAAAAACAACAGCUGUCUCAAUCGCAGAAGUAGCAAGGGCGACAGCAAAUAGCAUCUAAAUGAACACAAAAGCUGACGUCAACAGGCGAGUUUUGGCCAUUCAAGCCAAGAAAAAGAGGCAUAAGCCUAAUAAGAAGCGUGGUAAACCGAAUGGUGUUGCUGCCGGUACUGGCGGCGGUGGUGGUGGUGGCGGUCAGACACCGGGAAAUUCUAAUAAUAGCAAUCAAGGUGGUGCUCCACCGACAUCUCCUAUUUCGCCGGAAUGUGAAGUUAAUCCGAAAAUGUCCAAAUCAUUUAGUGGCGCUCCGUCGACUAGUGGCACAGGUUCAUUGACUGCCAAUACGCCCGCUACAGGCUCUGCCAAUAAUUUGGACGAUAUUGCAUACAUGAAGGGUGCGGCGAAUAAUGCCGGUAGUAUUGGUGUUGGCAUCAUCGGCGGGGGCAAAAAGUACUCUGCUAACUAUCAACAGCAGCUGUCGCAGCAGCAACAAAACCAGCAACAGCAAAAGUGUAUGAAUAAUAUGCAUUUGCAGCAGCAACAAUUUCAAAAUUUACAACAACAUCAAUAUGAUGAUACCCAGCAUCAGCUGCACCAACAAUAUCAAUACCCGCCACGCAGUUCAUCGAAUGAUUCGGAAGACUCGGAAUUGAACAGUGAAAAUGAGGAGCAGGAGCUCAAGGAAGACUACUGUAAAGGUGGCUAUCACCCUGUAAAUAUUGGUGAUCUUUUUCAAGGACGUUACCACGUUGUACGCAAAUUGGGUUGGGGUCACUUCUCCACCGUUUGGCUGUGCUGGGAUCUGCAGGAGAAGCGUUACGUGGCCAUAAAGAUCGUAAAAUCCGCUCAUCACUUCGCCGAGACGGCUAAAGACGAAAUUAAGAUACUCAAAUCGGUGCGUGAUUCCGACCCAAGUAAUCCGCGUCGCCAGAAAACAGUGCAACUACUGGACGACUUCAGAAUCACUGGGGUAAAUGGAACACACAUUUGCAUGGUGUUCGAGGUGCUGGGCGACAACCUGCUGAAACUAAUACGCAAGUCCAAUUAUCGCGGCAUACCCAUUGAGAAUGUAAAAUCGAUUACGCGCCAGGUGCUAGAGGGCUUGGACUACUUACACACUUGCUGCAGGAUCAUACAUACCGACAUCAAGCCGGAAAAUGUGCUACUUUGUGUCGAUGAACAAUAUGUGCGUUCGCUAGCGAACGAAGCUACUGAGCUGUAUGUGAUGAAUUCUAAAAUGUUUCCGUCGUUUGUGAGCCGUGCUCCCAAAGAAUAUCGCGAGCCGCAAAUUACCGGUAAAAUGAGUAAAAACAAAAAGAAAAAGCUAAAAAAGAAAGCAAAGAAACGUUUGGAGUUGUUCAAGAAACAAUGGGAUUAUUUGGAACAGAGUAGUGGUGGGCAAGGUGGUGAAGCGCCAGCUGAAGGGACCGACGGCACAGAAUUGUCCAACGAUGGCAUUGGCGAUGGACGCGCCGAGCAGCGAGUGCGUUUGAAGGGCGGUAAAAUGGUGAAUGGCGAGACAACAGAUCCGGAAGAUGGGCAGGAAGACGUUGAUGAUGGCGAUGAUGAAGAUGCUGAUGCCGAACAGGAUAUUAUAGCUGAGGAGCAUGCAGCCGAUGCUGAUGCCGACGAUGAUGACGAUGAAGAGGAGCAGUUGCAGGAGCGCACCAGCUACAGCUCGAACACGAAUUCGCCCCGAAAGCAACAGAAACAGAAGGCCGGCAAAGAUGCAGUGGAACAAGUUAUUACAAACAAUGUUGGUGGGGAUAAAAAGAAGAAGAAGAAGAAAAAUAAGAAAAACUCGGCACAACAGCAACAAAACCAAAAGGAGAAAGAAAAGCAGCACCAACAAAAUGAUAAUAAAUCUACAUCCAGUAGCGACAGCCACACCAUCAAAGACGAAUUGAACGAUUCGGGCAGUUCUUCACCCACUCUCAAAGGACAAUCAGCAAACAAGAAAGUAUCAAUGACAAAGACUUCCGAAACAAAGGCAAGCAAAACGCAAAAUAACAAUAUUAAGAAUAACAACAACUCAAACACGUCGAAUACGAGCACCACAACAAAUGCAAAACAAAACGCCAAUAACAAUGAGAAAGUUGUUAAUUGUACUGUUACAACAGCAACACCACAACAAACCAAAUCGGAACCGACAAUAUACGCAACUUCAUUAGCUUCGCCACCGGCCGUAAAGCCAACACCUCGUAAAGAUCCCGCCUUGGAACCGUGCAAAUUCGAUGUGAAAAUCGCCGAUCUCGGCAAUGCUUGUUGGGUGGACAAACACUUCACCGAGGACAUACAAACGCGUCAAUAUCGUUCGCUGGAGGUGAUACUCGGCGCUGGCUACGAUACAUCAGCGGAUAUUUGGAGUACUGCAUGCAUGGCUUUUGAGCUGGCCACCGGCGAUUAUCUAUUCGAACCGCAUUCGGGCGAGAACUAUUCACGUGACGAGGAUCACAUUGCACAUAUUAUCGAACUCUUAGGACCGAUACCGCAUAGCAUAAUUCUACGCGGCGCGUACGCAUCGCAAGCGUUCAAUCGCAAAGGAGAACUACGCAACAUCACCGGAUUGAAGCCGUGGGGUUUAGUCGAUGUGCUGUCUGAAAAGUACGAAUGGCCGCGCGACGAUGCGGAAGCGUUCGCCGAUUUUCUCGUACCAAUGUUGGAGUUCGAUCGGGCGAAGCGUGCAACGGCUGCUGAUUGCCUGAAGCAUCCGUGGCUGAGAUAAAAUACAAUGAUUUGCUGUUGCGCGUUUGCGCCAGCACCAAUUAUAACACCACCAGAGACGUCAUUGCCGUUGCUAUCACCGUUGCCGUCGCCGCUGCCCUUGCAAUUGACGACAACAUCCACACUGAUGUCACUGUCUCUAUCUUCGUCGCCGUCGCCCUCAUACGCAUUACCCACUACGACCGCAACCAACACCAUUGGCAGCAGUAGCAUAGUGGUGGCAGCGGCGUUGGCGGAAUUGGAUGGAGUGCAGUGUACAUCAGUGCGUAAACCAUUGGCGGCAACAAAAACCACUUCGCUACCGUUGCCGUUGCUGUCGCAAAAGCGUACGACGCGUUCGGUGUCGGGUGGCGCAGUGACGCCAUCAUCUACGGCGGCUGCGUCGUCGACGGCCGGACAAACGCUAUGCUGGCGCAAUACGCUGCGUCGCAUGUUUCAGCGCAAGUGACGUUGGCUGUUGCGUGCGCGGCGGCGACGACAACGUGAACGCGCACUUUGGAAUUGUCGUUGGCGCGGGCGCGGCAAGCGGCGUCGUGUGGUGGUGUUGGCAUUGGCGCAUGCGCGCUAUUAUUGAGAGUGGUUAGAAUUGGAUUGCAUAUUUAUUAAACAAACAAAUAUUAAUAAUAAUUUAUAAUGAUACAUAUAAAAUAUUAUGAAGGAGGCGUAAAUUAGAAAAUGAUGCACACAUUUUGGAGAAUAUUGGUAGCGCGACAGCCAGAGUAGUCACAGCAUCACCAACAAAGCAAAACAAAAAACAAAAAAAAAAAACAAAAAACAAAUACUAGAACAACAGUAACAAUAACAGAGUAACAACAACCGCAGUGUAGCAAUACAGCGAAAUACAUGCAAGACGAUUAAAAAGAACUAUUCUAUAUAGAAUUUUAUAUAUCAUUUAAUCUUUUUCUAACUGUGCAAUUCAUUUCCGCAUACGAUAAUUUUAUUUAUGAAACUGAAACCGAAACAGAAGUAAACAAAUUUUUACCUUAUUUAAUUUAAGAUAAUUUGCUAAUUUUUUUUUGCAAAUUUUAAAUAUGUUGUUGAAAACGAAUUUCGCUAGAGGCACAGACGACAUCAGGGACUCAAAAAAGCUAAAACGCUUAAAAAUAAUUGAAAUUGAAAUUAAAAUUUCUUGGACCUUGUUUUUGUUCUGAACCCAAAUCAAACAAAUGAGAUUAAAUAAAUGAAAAAUCGACUUUGAUUCACAGAAAGACUUCAAAUAUGGGAAAAUUGCAUUGGCUGAAAAAAAGUUGUUUAGAUUGAAAUAUUUUAUAUAAAUCAUUUGCUAUGAAAACCCUUUUAAAGAUUAGAGAUAACCUUUCGUAUAUUUUAGUUUCAUUAUGCAGUUUUUUUUUGACAUUGUCGAAUAUUUCUUUCAAUAAAAAUUAAUUCUAAACUAAUUUGUUCCUAAGUUUUGGUGGAUAUUUUUUUGAUACGCACUUUUUAAUGCAGCUUUCAUGUGAAUAAUGCAUUCCUUUUUGGUUCUAAAAUUUUUUAUCUACGGACAACAUUUUUUGCGGUAUUAAAAAAUGGUAAAAAAAAAAAAAUUUCGAAGAGUUUCAUAAAAACUAAUUUAACUGCGAAAUGAAAAACCGUAAUGAAUUAAUUUCAUUUUGUUUGCAAAAUUUUACAGUCCGCACAUCAGUAUUUUAUACUUCGAACUGAGUUUUAAUAAAUCGUUGUUUUCUGCUCUCAUCAUCAAAAUGUUAUUACUAUGCGAAUAUCUUUAUAUGAGCUGCAUUCUCAAAACAACCUCCAUGCGUUAAUAAAAUAACUUUAUAAUGAGGAUAAUAAGAUAAUUAGCACGCAGAAAUCGAACCAACAAAAAUGUAGCAAAGCAUUAUUCAGAAACAAACAAACUAAGAAAAAAAAAACAAAUAUAUUAGAAAUAAAAUGUAAAAAAAAUUACAUAAUAUUAGCAAAAACGCUUUUUUCUUGUUGAAAAGAGUAGCAAUAAAUGCGUUUGUGGCGGCUUUGCUGUGCUGCAAUAUGUUCAACUGCAAAGCCUAUGUUUAAAAGAAAGAUAAUAAAUAUAAAAAGUAAGAGUAAGUAAAAUUUGUAAAAUCAAAAUAAUAAAAACUAAAAGAAACACUAA